AUGUUGCUUCGAGCAAUCAUCGCGGCUCUCGCCACCAGCCUGAAAGCCGUCAACGCAUGCACGAACUGCACCAACGAAUCAACAGAGCCAUACACCCUCGCCCCGGCACCAUGGACUCUCAAGGGUACAAUUUACACGACUUUUCUCCUGCCCGGUAUAGGCAUCUCAUUAGACGGCAAGCUUCCAAACAAGGCUUUUCCACCUCUUGAGCGACAGUACCCCGAGUCGAUUGCUGGCAAGUUUGUCGGCACACUGGGCACGAUUCAAAUCAUUCGAUAUACCGAAAGUCCAGUGGGACCUUAUGAUGAGAUGUUCAUCAUUCCUGGGUUCUUUGAGUAUGAGAAUGACGGGAAAGUGGAGCGGAAUGUGAGAGUCAGCAGGAUUUAUGUUAGCCAGAAGUAUUGCGUUUGGAAUGCACGAAAAAUCUGGAACCAACCCAAACACCUCGCCAACUUCGACUGGACCACCAACGCCGACGGCAGCGAAUCCGUCAAAAUCUACCCCUACGACACAACCGGCGACGAGUCCGAAUCGACCCCCUCAACGAAGCCAUGGUUUCAGAUGACCUACUCCUCCCUCCUACCCGAAAACCUCAAUCUCGACUUAGGCAUCCUCAACCUCGACCUCGACCUCAACCCUGCCAUCCCCUUCACUUCAGAUCUGUACGGCCUCCUCGGCAUCAACGCCACUCUGAUCCAGCCACCGCUGCCACAAGGCAAUGAUUCGUACGGUGCGUUGGCAAGCGGUGGGGAGUUUUGGAAAUCUGUUGUGCCGGGACAGUAUAGCGAUAAGACAUCAGUGGGCACGAUGAAUCUCGACCAGAGCGGUGGGGAUGGGGAAGAGGAGGGCGUGAAUGCGGUUGGGGAUGAGUUUGAGGAGGCGUUUUGGCCGGGGCUGUUCAAGACUUCGGUGGCGUUGAAGAUGGAGGAUGCGACGUUGACGUCUAGUGAGGAACAGGUUUUGCCGGGGGUGAAGUGA